UCCCAGCUUGGCACUGAGACGAGGGAGGAGGUGGGAGGAUGAGCCUCAAGCCUAGACCAGAUUGAGGCCAGAAGUUUACCUCCGUAUGAUGUGGAUGUGGGAGAUCUUUCUUAUUAUGAGAUCAUGGACUUAUACUUUCGUGUCACUCCAAUACAGUAUCGCGGGAAAACAUGCUGCAUUCCUUCCGGCACCUCCUUGCUGAAGAUGGCAUGAUAUCUCUCUCAUUGAUACUUAUAUAAAACUAGGGAGGGAUAUGUUGUUCACCUGCUCUUCUCGAGUCCUCGUGCAGGAAGCAGCCGCCCAGGGGUCUCAUUAGUCUCGUGCCCCAUGAUACACUGUCAUGCAUCUCCAGAAGAAGACAAAAAGGUGUCGAAUCAUUAAGAUGAUCGACCUCUGUUCCCGUGAUUGGAUGGCCCACUCCUUGUGUGACCCUCCUCCAUGAGUUGAUCUUGGAAACCAGAGUCAUGUGUAUUGAUAUCACGUGGCACAACAGUCUAGGCCAGGUGCCCACGACUCGUUUCCUUAGGACGAACUAACAGAUACACUCAAGGAUUCGUUGCAUGAAGUUCCAUCAUAGAAAGCUGAGUUUCCUGUGAGUUUCUACUACCAACAAGCAUCAAUGCCCAAUUGAGCUUCUGACAGCCACAAAUCAUGGAUCAAAGAAAGCUUCAAUAGCGGCUUUUGAACAAGACCGAUCUCCGCACUCCGAAAAUAAUAUUUAUGAGAUUCGUCGGAUCUGGAAACUAAUGAUGUAUUCAAUGUCUCUGCUAAACUGUUCUAGAAAACAAAUAUUACUGCAGGAAACCCAGCUAGAAUUCAGUAGCUGGCCUCGACACCUAUCCAAAACAAGGGUCAUCCCACUAAGCGAAUCCGCACCAGCUCCCCACCCAAACAAAGCUAUACCCAAGCAUCAACACAGGCCAUCAAAGCGCAUCCAAGUGUUGAAACAAAAACAAGUCAAAUGGGCAUGUUUUCUGGAAAAGUGACUUUCCGGUCAUGAACUACCUGCCAGUCGCAUUACGCAUCUCCAUGCCUAUCUGUCUCCAGGGGCUAUGCCCAGGAAGUUAAGGUCAAUAUCUAUGUCCGGUUACGAUUCAUGUUUACUGAUAUCUUGAAGCCUGAUCUCGUGCUUUUCAAUUUUUCUUUCUAUAAUUUAUCUCAAGUUUUCAUUUUCCGUCUCAUUCUUUCCUGUCUCGUUGCUGUCAUUGCAAAUUUUCGACUUUUCGAUUAUUGUUUAUUCCACUGUCCUAAGCGAAUUCGUCUACUCGUUGACCAUUGAUACCAACCAUCAAUAUAUUCAACAUGCAGCUUGUCGAUGUCAGCAGCCAUGCAUUUGCAUCCCUCAAAUCCAAAGCCGCCAAGGUCCCCAAACUCCGACGGGACAAGAAGACGAAGCAAGAGCCCGAGCUUGAGAUCCACGAACCGGUUCUUUCAGAGACUGUGGAGCCAGUAACCGAAUCAACACCUACGAUUCAACCAUUCGAUAUUCCAAGACCAGUUCAUGCAAAGAAGACACAGGCAGAUACACCACCAGUGAACGUACCAAUACCUGUCCUUCAGCCAAUUGAUAUCCCUAAGCCGGUCCACGCCAAACCAGUAAAGGCAGAGGCAGCUGCGCAGCCAGCUACUGCACCGGCUCCAGCCUCCGCUCCUGCUCCAGCAACAACUGCAACACCUACACUCCAACCAUUUGACAUUCCCAAGCCGGUUCACGCCAAAAAGGCAUCAUGGAGAAGCCCCCCCAAGAAAGACAAAUCCAAACCCACACCUACAACCACGCAACCAGCCCCUCAGCCCAACGAGCCCAACGAACCCACCCACAUCGUCUCGCAACUCCAAACCCUCGCCGCCACAACCCCAUCCCCCUACCCACCCCCCUCAACCCACCCCCUCUUCCCCGCACCCCCAACCUACAUGCCGCCCACCCUCCCAUCCCGCAUCAAAACGCACCUCCUCCACCAACUCCCCUCCCACAUCCUCUCCAGCAUCGGCAUCCUCUUCCUCCUACUCACCUACCUCCUCCACACCCUCCGCCGGCUCUUCACCAUCCGGUCCUUCUCGGGCCCACAACACCGCCCCUUCGCAGCCGAAGAGUCGCGCCGCGCCGAACUCCGCAAGAUCGACGCCAUCGCCUGGAAGAAGCACGAUCUACAGCGGAAAAGCACGUUUGCUGACAUCGCCGCCGCUGCAGACGUAGAAGCCAAUGCGGGAGCGGGAGCGGUAGGGGCGCUGGCGAAGGAUGGGUAUGUGCCUUCUGAAGGAGGGGAGGACAAGUUUCUCGUUGAUGUGGGGUAUUAUGCCCGGCGAGUAGGGCUGGAUAGUGAAGAGGUGAAGGUGCAGACUGAGGAUGGGUUUGUGCUUGAUUUGUGGCAUGUGUUUGAUCCGAGGGAGUAUACGCCGUUGAGUAGGGCGCAGAGGAUGGUGAGGGGCCCGGAGUGUAUUGAUGAGAUUAGGGGGCCGAGUCGGGAGGUUGCGGCGGUGAGUGAUGAGAAGGAGAAGGGGAAGGAGGGGGAGGGGGAGGCGAAUAAGAGGAGGCAGAAGUAUCCGGUUUUGAUGAUGCCGGGGUUGAUGCAGAGCUCGGGGGUAUAUUGUACGGAUGAUGAUCAUUCGCUUGCGUUUUGGUUGUGUAAGCAGGGGUAUGAUGUUUGGUUGGGGAAUAAUAGGUGUGGAUUUGAGCCGGAGCAUGUUGAGUUCAAGAAGGGGGAUCCGAGGAUGUGGAAUUGGAAUAUCACACAUAUGGCCACUCUCGACCUCCCAGCCCUAACCGCCCGUGUUCUUUCAGAAACCUCCUGCUCAACGCUCGGUCUAAUCGCCCACUCGCAAGGCACAACUCAAACCCUCAUUGCUCUCUCCAAACAUCAACGACCAUCGAUCUCUGCCAAGAUCUCCGUUUUCUGUGCCCUAGCUCCAGCUGCCUACACCGGUCCCCUCCUCGACCACCACCCCUUCAAACUCCUCCGCCAGCUCCCCACUCCCCUCUUCCGGCUCAUCCUAGGCCGCAAAUCCUUCCUCCCCAUCCUCACCAUCUUCUCCCUCCUGCGGGGGCGACUCCUCCCACACCGCCUCCUCGGAACCCUCUCCUACCAAAUCUACGCCUACCUCUUCUCCUGGACAGACACAAACUGGGACUCCGCCCUCCGACACCGACACUUCCUCUUCGCGCCGACACGGAUCUCCUCGCUAGCCAUGCAAUGGUGGCUGUCCAAGCAGGGGUUCGCACACCAUGGGUCGAUAUUGUCGAGCCAUGAGCAGGUGCAGAGAGAGGUGGAGGAGGAUCUGCUGCAGGAUUAUUUUAGGAAUGUGGAGGGGAGGAUUGAGGAGGAUUUUGCGACGAGUUUGUUGGAGAAGCAUGUUAGGGAGCCGAGGGCGCCGGAGAGCUGGUUUGCGGAUGGGGUGGGUGAUGGGGCGGGGGGGAGGACGCCGCCGAUGGCGUUUUGGAUUGGUGGGGAGGAUACGUUGUGUGAUGGGAGGGAGUUGUUGAAUAGGUUUGAGAGGGGGAGGGAGCCUGGCGUGAGGAUUCUGGAGGGUGGGAGGAAUGUGAUUCAGGGGUAUAGUCAUUUAGAUGUGGUGUGGGCUUGUGAUGUUAUUGAGAGGGUGGGUUUGGGGGUUAGGGAUGCGGUUUGGAGGAGUGUAGGGAAGGAGGGGAGGGAGAGGUUUAGAUUGCCGAAAGGGUGUGAGGCGGUGGAAGAGUGGGUUGAUGAUAGGGCUUUUGGGAGUGGUGGGGUGGAAAAGAGAGAAGGGAGUACGGACUUGGAGGAUAGUGAGAGUGAGAAGGAGGAGGGGAAGGAAGGGGUUGAGAAGACGGUGAGUGAUAAGGAGAUGGUUGAUUGA